AUGGGAGACACCCAGCCGCGUCAACUACAUCUAACGGCUUUCAUGCGCCCAGUCUCUCUACACACGGGAGCAUGGCGCUAUCCAGGAUCAUACCCUGAUGCAAACUUCAAUUUCAAACACCUGACGCACUUCAUCCAGAAGCUCGAGGCCGCCAAGUUUGACGCCUUCUUUAUGGCCGACCACCUCGCGGUUCUAAACAUGCCCGUUGAAGCCCUCAAGCGCAGCCAUACCGUCACCUCAUUCGAACCAUUCACCCUCCUUUCCGCCCUGUCAUCCGUCACCGAUAAAAUCGGUCUCGCAGCGACAGCGAGCACAACAUAUGAUCUCCCUUACCACGUCGCCCGCCGCUUUGCCAGUCUAGACCACCUUAGCAACGGGCGGGCAGCAUGGAACAUAGUCACCACCGGAAACCCGGAAUCCAGCCACAAUUUCGGCUUCGAUGAGCACAUGGCCCACGGGGACCGAUACAAGCGUGCGCGUGAAUUCUACGACAUUGUCACAGGGCUAUGGGAUAGCUUUGCCGACGAUGCAUUUACCCGUGAUGUGGAGACGGGUCAGUAUUUUGACCCAGAGCGGAUGCACGUCUUGAACCAUGCUGGGGAUGAGUUGAAGGUUCGAGGACCAUUGAACAUUGCGCGACCUGUGCAGGGAUGGCCUGUUAUUGUACAGGCCGGGCAGAGCGAGCCUGGUCGCCAACUUGCGGCUGAGACGGCCGAGGUGGUGUUUUGCAGCCCAAAGAAUAUCGAUGCUGCUAAGGUGCUUUAUGCUGAUAUCAAGGACCGCGUUGUGAAGGCUGGACGGAAGCGAGAGCACUUGAAGAUUCUACCUGCGGCCAUGAUUAUUGUUGGGGAGAGCAAAGAAGAUGCUCAGGCCAAGAGGCUAGAGUUGGAUAGUCUGGUGCAUUACGAAAGUGCCAUUGCUUCUUUGUCGAUUUCGCUUGGGGUUGAUGCUAGUGGAUUCGACCCGGAGGGUCCUUUGCCUGAAGGUUUGCCUGAUACCAAUGCAAGCAAGACGAGCAGAGAGGGGGUGGAGCGUCUUGCUAAAGAAGAAGGGUUGACUGUUCGUCAGCUUGCACAACGGUAUGGAGGAUAUUCAGGGUUGACAUUCCUCGGUUCUCCGAGUGAUAUUGCCGAAGAAAUGGAGGUUUGGUUGAAGGAAGAGGCCUCGGAUGGCUUCACUUGCACUUUCCCUUUCUUGCCUCAGGGAUUGGAAGAGGUGACGGAUAAAUUGAUUCCGGAGCUACAGCGCCGAGGUCUGUUCCGAGAUGAUUAUACGGGGUCUACGCUGCGUGAACACUUUGGCCUCGCACGGCCAGAGAACCAGUUUUUCCCUAAGACAGCAUAG